GUAAAAGUUUCUAGCUAUAUUAUCUCCACCAGCGGUCCAGCCCUCCAUGUAGCCGCACGAACCCUGAAUUUAGGAACUCCGCGACGUGAGGUCAACGGGAGCCGGGGUGAGGGACGAAGUUGAAUUCGUUACACUUUGCGGAUUUAAGAUGAAGCCGAUCAGUACACGGCUUCGCUUCCAAGUGACGACGGUGAAGAAGACGAUCGCGACGAUCGCGGCGAUGGGGAUGAAGAAGAUUUGAAGCAAGUAGAUCGAGACGACAGCUCGACGCUGAAGGAAAUGAGUGAGAAAAAACACAAAUUUCUUACAGUUGCACCUUUUAAAUGUACGUGGAAUGAAGGUUUAAAAUUUAGGGAGGCGGGACGUGGAUGUAUUAAAUUUGAGGCUUUUGCUCAAAAUGAUGUCACCUUGGUGUUUAGAGAGCAAAUUGGUAGCCCUAAUUACCAUUACAAGAUGGAUAAUAGCCCCCACUAUACUGUCAUAUUGGGCAGUAAUCGUAAUCGUAGGUUGAAGAUCGAAGCAAAUAAUAAUACUAUGGUUGACAUUGUUGGUGUAGGCUUAUGUUGUUCAUCGUCAUUUCAGAGCUAUUGGAUCAGUAUAUAUGAUGGACUUAUCUGUAUCGGCGAAGGGAAGUAUCCAUUCCAGAACACAAUUGUUCAAUGGCUUGAUUCGAAACCUAUUUGCAGUGUUCAAUAUGUUGGAUUAAGCAGUUGGGACAAGCAUGUAGGGUAUCGAAAUAUUGUUAUAUUGCCGGUGAAUCAACAUCACCGUAAUCUCUUGGGCCAAAUAGACUACGACGAGUAUGAAGCAGAGAAUGACACGGAGUUUGAGAUUCUUAAUAUCAAUAAUGAUGAGCAUGGUAAACUGGAACUUCUGUAUUUUUUGGAGAGUUGGGAUUUUUCUGAUUUAAUGUUUAUUGUUGGCGUUGAAAGAAAAAUUGUUCCUGCGCAUAAAGUUAUUUUGAAUGUAUAUGGUGAUUUCUCUUCCGAUACUUCUAGUGAGAAUAUCAUUAGCCUAACUGCAACAACAUAUCCAGUUCUACAUGCAUUUUUGGAAUAUAUUUAUUCUGGUCGAACUAAGGUUGUGGAGUCACAACUCGGUUCCUUGCGGAAUCUGGGCGUGCAGUUUCAUGUGAUGUCAUUGAUUGAGCAGUGCGAUGAAAUUUUGGAUCAUUUUAAGACUAAAAAGAAAUCCUUUGAUUCUGGCAAGCAAGUAGAAAUAUUGAAUAAUAGUUGUGCAGUUCAACCAUGUGGCAUCUUCCCAUAUGGAGAGACUGCUGCAGUUGGUAAGCUUAAGCAAUUCCUUGCAAGUGGUGAGCAUAGCGAUGUAAACAUUUAUGUUGAAGGAUAUGGUCUUGUUACUCGGUCGCACAAAUUGAUUCUUAGUUUGUGGAGUGCUCCAUUUGCAAAGAUGUUCACAGGUGGAAUGGUUGAGAGUAAAUCCACAAAUGUUACGUUUAGUGAUGUGUCUUCAGAAGCUUUUUUAGCCAUGCUGCACUUCAUGUACAGUGGGGAACUUGAGAUCGAAAAGGAUAAGGUUGACUCUUUGUUAAUCCCAUUAAUUUUGCUAGCCGACCAAUUUGACAUCACAUUCCUCCAACGAGAAUGCUGUAAACGCCUUUUGGAAUGUAUAUCCGAGGAUACAAUCUGCCCCAUUUUAGUUGCAAUUGCAUCACUUCUUUCUUGUAAAGUGGUUGAAGAAACAUGCAAGAGGGAAUUUUCGAUGCACUUUGAUUAUUGCACGACUGUGAGCACGGACUUUGUCACAUUAGAUGAGACUAUUUUCAAGGACAUCCUUCAGCAUGUAGAUAUGACUGUAACAUCUGAAGAGAGGGUUCUUGACGCAAUUUUAAUGUGGUCCAUGCAAGCCUCUAAAAAUUGUGGUUGGCUUCUAGUGGAUGAAUUUUUGAACUCUUUGACACCAGAGCAGCUAUUUGGAGAGAGGCUUUUAUCAUUAGACAAUCUAUUGCCACUUGUAAGGUUCCCUUUGAUGCCAUCCCAUUUACUUGAGAAGUUAGAGAAGAGCAGAUUAUGCAAGCAUAUUUUAAUAUUCAGCCAACUUGUGAAAGAAGCUGUUCAGUAUUCCUGUGUGGGAUCAAAAUUGCUGGGAGAAGAUCAAAAUGUAAGAUCUCAGCAUAGGCGCUCAAGCUUCAAAGAGCUCCAAUUUAUAUGUGAUGGUGAUAAUAAUGGAGUUUUAUAUUUUUCUGGGACAUCAUAUGGCGAACAUCAAUGGAUGAAUCCUGUUCUAGCCAAGAUACACUGAUCCAAAGGCAUUAGUAUCAAGAGCUUACAAGCCUACAUCUUUUGCUGGACCUCGGAUUGAAGAUGGUCG